UUUUCCUGUCGAGGCUGGAGAGGAUGAGGCUGGGGAGACGAGUUGCAGUAAUGGAGAAAUUGCCGGGAUUUCGAUUUUCACCCACGGAGUACGAGCUCGUUGGAUACUACUUGAGGAAAAUGGCCGAGGAGAAGGAAUUGGGAGUGGAACUCAUUGCGGUUAUCGACCUGGUCAAGCACGAUCCAUGGGAGUUGCCUGACCUGGCGAUUUCUCUCGCACACAUGGGAGACACCGAGUGGUAUUUCUUCGUGCCAAGGCAGCACAAGUACCCGAAUGGUUCCAGGCCAAACCGAGUGACGCCAUCGGGCUACUGGAAGGCUACUGGAACUGACAAGCCAGUCAUGGACAAGGAGAGCAACACCAGCAUUGGAUUGAGAAAAACCCUCGUGUUCUACAAAGGCAAGGCACCGAAAGGAGAGAAGACUCCAUGGAUCAUGAGCGAAUAUAGGCUCCCCGACGAGCAAAACGCGCAGUUCAAGAACGAAUUUACGCUUUGCAAGAUCUAUAGGAAAAGCGGGAGUGGAGCCUACAACAAGAACAGUCCUGGAUGUUCUCUCGAUGUUCAAAAAGGAGAGAGCAGUUCUGAUUCGGAUAUGAGCCCCUCGGAGCUUCAGGUUGUGGCCGAGGACGAUCAAAACGACGACAAGGGGACAAUUCGAGCGGAUGAGGAGGCAGACCACAAGGAGCAACUGGACAAUAUCAUGUUUUCUGGCUUUGAGGACAUAGAACAUCUACCUUCCGCUGAUCCAGCUCCAGGUUGGGGAUACAGUCUUCCUGAAGCGUUUCAGUGGAAUAACAGUCUAGAUGGAUAAAAUGUUUGCUGUAAUUGUUUGAGAAUAUUACAUCUUCUGUAAUUAUAUAUUAAUAAAUCCCAUUGGGUGCUGCUUGUCCUCUC